GAAAACGAACGCGAACCGGCCUCUUGAACCACAAGCCUAAACACUUCGGCGCAGUGAAAGCAGCGCUGAUUCUGCAAUGGCGGGCAAGGUUGUAGAGGAAGCGAUUCCGGCCGUAAAUCCCCGAGGUUCUUACAUAAAGAAGAGGGCUCUCAAAAACAAAGCUCUCGCCGUCACGUUCAACGAGAAAGACCUCAGCGAUUUCGUGUCUGGGUUUCACAAGAGGAAGAAGAAGAGGAGAAAGGAAGCUGAGCAGAAGCAAGGGGAGGCGCUGCGGCGGAAGCGUCUCGAGCUGCGCAAAAAGAGGAGACUAGAAAAGGAACUGGUUCUUAAUGGUGGGAUUACCCCAGCCACUGAUACAGCAGCUGAUGAGGUUGAUGAGGGUGAUGAGGACCACCAGGAUGAUGAAGAUAGUGAGCCAGCUGUACCAAUUUCUGGUACAACGACUUAUGACAAUGGCGAGAUGAAAGUCGUUGUGACAACAAGUGAGAUUUCUCGAGAGGAGGAAAGUGAUCCAGACGAAAAGCCAGAGGCAGCACUACCAGAAUCAGUCGGAGCUUCUAAAAAACACAAGAUACCAGUGAAAAAGACCAAACCUCUGAAAAAAGCUGCAAAGCGUAAAUCCCGGCCCAAGCUACAGCGGAAAAGAGAUAAAAGGAAGGGAACAAAACCGGCCAAGAACAAGCGCUAGCCAUCGGUCUUCCAUAUUGCGAGGCUGUAGGAUCAGCUUGUCUUUCCUAUGUAGAAUCAUGAAGCACAUGAGAUAAGCUGACCAGAAGUUCCAUUUCGGUACAUUUGGAGUGACCCUUCGGUUGAGGAUCACACUUUUAGCUGCGUACUGCCCGUGUUUUUGUAUUAAACCUUUGAUUGAGUGGGAUGUUUUACAUCAUCCGCUUCUGCAUAAUCUCUUAUUUUUCUCAUCAUCUAGGCAUCUUGGUUUAAAGUCA